AUGUCAGAUUUUGUACCAGUGAACCCAAAACCAUUUUUGAAAGAUCUAAUAGAUAAGCGUGUUGUAGUAACGUUGAAGUUUAAUAAUACAAAAUAUAAAGGAACGUUAGUAUCAUCUGAUAAUUAUUUUAAUGUACAAUUGAAGGAUACUGAGGAAUUUGUUAAUGAUAAAUCAGCAGGUAAAAUUGGAGAAGUAUUUAUAAGAUGCAAUAAUGUAUUAUGGAUAGGACAAGACUUGGAAGCUAUAUAG